AUGGCAGUUCCAAGAAAAGACUUGAAGAUGGCAUCUAUACUUGCAGAAGCUGUUGUUGGGAAAGUUUGUGAGAUGGUCAUUCAACAAGUAGCUAAUGAGGUCAAGAUAGUGUUCAACUUCAGGGAAGACAUUGAAUGGUUGAUGAGCAAAAUAAAGCAAGUAAAUUACUUUCUAAAUGAAGCUGGUGAGAAGAGCAGUAAACAAAAGGAGUCUAUGAAAGAAUGGCUUCAGAGCGUUCGAGACAUUGCCUGGGAGGCAGAGGACAUACUUCAAAUAUGUGCUGUAGAUUCUAUGUAUGCUGCUAAUCCUCAGUUUUGUAGUUUGAGCUGUAAUCAACUGAUUACUCGCUAUCAAAUGGGCAGACGAAUUCGAAAGAUCAAAGCCCGGUUCAGCUCCGUUACUGCAGAUAUCCAAUUGAUUACUGCGGUGUCUCACAGAGAAGAAGCAGAAUCAUCCCAGAGACGACAGUUUAAGAGACUAAGUCUCCUGCCUAGCGAUUCCAAACCAGUGGGGAUACAGUCCAAGAUUGACAGCUUAGUGAAUUUGCUAGAAAACCCCCAAUUUCCAAUCGUUGUAGUUUGA